AUUACACUGCGCUGCACCUGCAGAAGGAGUAGUUGCGUAUAUUCUGAAUUCACAUUAAAAAAACUGGGCAUCAAUUAAGUUGAUCGAAGUUGUUUUCUGUAAAAGGGCAGCCAGGCUGUCUACUUUAACUGUCAAUCAGAUGUCGACGGAGGAUCUGUCCACUUCCGACAGCGAAGCUGCCUUCGCGGGAGCCGGGGAGCGCUGGGCGCCCGUGGGAGCCGUGGCCAACCCCGAGGAUGAGCAGUGGAAGAGGGGCACGCAGGUUGGUUCCGUGUCGUCCAGCGAUGCAGACAUGGCAGCCAGGCUGCGGAAGCUAGAGGACGAGCAGGAGCAGUUGAAUUCAUCGCUCCUCGCGUUAACGUCUCACUUCGCUCAAGUGCAGUUUCGACUGAAACAGAUCGUCCACGCGCAGAGCGACGAGAAAGAGAGGAUGCUGCUGGAGCUGGAGGAGUUUGCUUUCAAAGGAUGCCCUCAUGUCAUCGGGUGCAGAGCACAGGAUGCUCAGAUGCUGGAAAACUCUGAUGAAUUGACUGAAAGGGAGAAGAGGGAGCGCUUGGAAGCUCAGAGAAAGAAGCAGAAGGAACUGAUUUUCCAGCUGAAGACCCAACUCGACGACCUGGAACGCUUCGCCUACCAGGAGGGCAGCUAUGACUCACUGCCUCAGUCUGUCGUCAUGGAGAGACAGAGGGUGAUCAUUGAUGAGCUAAUUAAGAAGCUGGACGUGAACCUGAAUGAAGACAUUGGGAACCUCACACCUGAGGAGCUCCGACAGAGAGUGGACGCUGCCAUAGCUCAGAUAGUCAACCCAGCUCGAGUCAAAGAGCAGCUGGUUGAGCAGCUCAAGACGCAAAUCAGAGACCUGGAGAUGUUCAUUAACUUCAUACAGGAUGAAGUGGGGAACCCUCUAUUAAAUGAUGGCGUGAAGACCCAGCAGGCCCAAGCAGCCGGAGGACCAAACACUGCAGGGAUGAAGCGAGUGGAUCCCGAACAAGCCCAGAGGAUGCGGGAAACCGGGCUUCAGCUCAUCCAGAAAGCCUUAGCGGUUCUGCAGAUCUUUGCUCUGAGCCAGUUCGGAUGCGCUGCAGGCCACGUGCCCCAGAACAUGUGGUCUCAGGGUGCCGAAGCUCAAGAUUACGGCCCCUUGCUGCAGAAACUCGAAGGAGCCGUGGAGUGUGUGUGCCUGCAAGCCUCCCGCCAACAGCCCAGCUCUCAGGAGGAACACGUGGUCAGCUACUCCGCCUGCCUGUCGCCAGGAGGACCUCGGGACGAACUCACCACUUUGGUGCGUAAAGAGCUAGCCAUGGCGCUCCGGGACCUGCUGGCCCACGGAUUAUACGCUCCUUCUCAGGGCAUGAGCCUGGUUCUUGCCCCCAUUUCCUGCCUGCUGCCCUUCAGCUCUUCUCCUCAGACCCUGCAUCCUUGGGAACUUUUCGUCAGGUACUAUCAUUCCAAAAACGGCCAGGCGUUCGUGGAAUCCCCUGCCCGACAGCUCUCUCAAUCCUUCAGUUUGCCUGUAGGGGGCGGUCCUGUGACAGUCACACCCAAGCAGUCUCUGUUAUGGGCCAUUCAUACAGUUCUAAAAGAGCACGGACGAUUCAAACGCAGCGCGGACUCUGAGUUUAAGGCUUUAGUGUGCAUGGCUCUCAAUGAGCAAAGGCUCGUGUCCUGGUUCAAUCUGCUGUGUAAGUCUGGGACGCUCAUACACUCACACUACCAGCCCUGGAGCUACAUGGCCCAGACAGGCUUUGAAGGUGCCCUGCGCAUCCUGGGCCGCCUCAGCCAUCUCAAAUUCAGCCUUCCUGUAGACUUGGCUGUCAGGCAGCUGAAAAAUAUCAAAGAUGCUUUCUAAGCAAAAGUGUAUUUGGUAAUUUUGGCAAGAUGAGGGAAAGGGAUGACAGAAAAUAUAUUCUGUAAUACUAUUUCUCUUUAUUCAGAAGUUCAAAUCAUAUUCCCAGAAAAAAAAAAAACAAGUACACUGGAAUUAAAAAAUGGAAAUGAAGCAACUUGUGCACUUUUUUUGAGACUCUGUGUUGCUGUUGGCUCAGAUGCCUCCAGUCUCUUCUAAACCUGAAAAGGGUGAUUAUGUAGGCAGGUUUUAAUAUGCUGCAUUGGUCACAACUCAAAGGAAAUGUGCUCAGUUUAGUGACCCUGAGCAUGUGACUUCCUCCAUGUAACCUUUGAUGGGGUUUGUUAUGUCUAGCUUUUACCAAAAUCAACCAUAUUACAGUAUGUAGAAGAAUGAUUUAUUACUUGAACUCUUUUCAAGGGCCAUUGCAUAUGUUUGAGAUGCACUACAGUAUACAUACUGUAUAACAUACACUACAAAAAUACACACACUAACUUAAUGGUUUAAACACAUUUUUUGUUAUAAACUUUAUGUAGCCAAGUGCACUCGUUUCCUGAUCUUGUAUUACUGUACACAGACAAAUCAUAAGAUGUUUUUCUUUUAAUAUUGGUUUUCUUUUGCGUUAUUUAAUGUCAUUACAUUUCAAACACUGGGAUAGUACAUAUCAUAUCUGGGUCAUUGCUGCUCUGUGUAUCGCUUUCUGUGGAGACCAUGCAUGCUGGUGAGACCUCACUUAGGUCAAUCAACACACUCAGGUCAUUCUGAAAAAAACGAAGAGAUGCUCAUUGGUGUUUGUAAAUCACUGGAUUCUUCUCUUUCAGCCAGUUGACACUCUGUAAAACUGAUUUUGUGGUAGUGCUGCUUGUUCGCUGCUAGAGGAGGAAGUGCAUCAAACACAUUCGCUGAAUAUGAAACUGAUAUGCUGUGCAUUGAUGCUGACUGAAUUAUUUAUGGCCUGUUAUGCUAUGCCAGUGUUCAGAGGCUCUGCUUGAAUACCUGCUAUUUCCAUGUCUUGUCAGUCCUUGUUUACUGCUCUGAAUUAUUGAAUGUACAAUCCUUGAAAUUGUAUCCUGCUACUACUGUACACGUUCUGAUUCCAUCUUGAAUGCCAAUUUACUGAAACCUUCAUGCAGGAUAAAGGGACUGUUUGUUACCAUAUCCUGGAAAUGGAUUCGUUAUUAAAAACUUUCUCUGUACUAUUAGAA